UAUUAUUAUUAUUUUAUUUCUUAUUAUAUAUUAAAUUUCAAUUGUUAAGUUUCAUUUUAAUUAAUUAUAUGGUUUAAAACUCCGUAAUAAAUAUAAUAAUGAAAAUCUAUUUAAUUACGUGUUUCUAAUUUUUACUUUAUUUAACAUAUAGUAAAAUUAAAUAACCAUGUCGCAAGAUUCCGAAGGUGAAACUGAAACCGAAUUUUUGGUAAACAUAACUGAAUUCAAAGAUGAACUUGAGAAGGAACUCUAUGAAACUUGUUCAUUCAGAGACCUGUUUUUUGAGAACCACCCUAUCGAGAUGGCUUCAAAGAAAAAUGAGUUUGUUGAAGCGAAGAAAAAUGCAUUAUUAGAAAAAUUUGAAGCUAUUGAUGUGGACACCCAAGUACCAACUGAACUUCGCGCACAUUUUCUUUACCUGAAGGGCCGAUGUUACAACCUAAGCCCAACAUAUGAUCCUCGAGCUACACAAAGCCUCAGCAAGGCAGUUAAAUUGAACCCACGCUUGGUGGCCGCGUGGAAUGAGCUUGGAGACUGCUACUGGAAAAAUAUGAAUGUCAAAGAUGCUAAAGCUAGUUUUGAAGGUGCUUUAAAACAUGAACGUAAUCGACUUUCUCUCCGUUGUUUGUCGAUUAUACUUCGACAAGAAUCUGGCGACAAAACACGUGUAGAAGCCUCUUCAGCUGUUCUCAACAGUGUAGAACUUGCAAAAGAGGCAGUUGCUCAGGAUAUAAAAGAUGGGAUGUCAUGGACCGUAUUAGGCAAUGCAUAUUUAUGUCAAUUCUUCACAGUAGCUCAGGAACCGGCUACAUUGAAGUUGUGUAUGAGUGCAUAUAGGCAAGCGUGUUUGGAUCCUGCUGCAAAGGGUCAGCCAGAUUUGUAUUACAACAAAGGAAUCGCAUUAAAAUAUGAGGAGAAUUACGCAGAGGCAUUGGAGAAUUUCGCGUUCGCUUGUGAAUUGGAGCCGGCUUGGGAAACGCCGCGAGAGGAACGCGCACGGCUCGUGCAGUAUUUAGCGAACAUCAAUGAAUUAAUUCGGACUAAAGGGAAGAUUAAAAAUAAGAAAUUGGCGCAGAUGGUGCAGUCUAUUGACGACAGUGCGGUGGGACCGGGUCGUUUGCAGUUGGUACAGUUGGUGCCGGGACGCAACGUUGGGACGGCCCUCGGGGUUGUCGUCGGCUCCAUACACAACGUUAAUUCUGUGCCAUUUACUUUCGCAAUAGUGGACGAGAGUAUGGAAUGUGUGUGCGUGAGUGUAUACAACUGGGCAGACGGCCGCGGCGUCAUCAUCGGCGACUACGUCUCCUUACCUAAUCCGCAGAUGAGGGAGCACCAGUUCGAUUCCCCACUAGUGAAAUACAACUUCAAAUCAAUCCGCCUGAACAAUCCAAUGUCGAUCACGGUGAAUGGCAAACGUGUAGGACGCGACCAGUAUGCAGGCACUAAAGCAACAAGCACAUACGAAUUGAAAUGACCCAGGCAAAAAAUGGACAUCAUUACACAUACCACUGAACAGUAAAUUCAGUCGGGCUGCUCUAAUAUGAUGUCCAGAAUUGUGAGGAGUGUAAGAAAGACAUUUUGUAACAUUAUUAAUUUUUUAUCCAUCAAUAUUAAUAAUAAUAUUAUUUUAUUCAUAAAUUGACCAAAAAUAACCAAAAUACUAUAUAAAUGAUUUGUGUCUGUCAAUUGUUUGCAUUUCUGUGUAGAAAAACAAAUGAUGAUUUUUUUAUACUUGUACUAAAAAUAUAACUUAUAAUUAUAACUCUCAGUAUAUGAAAGAUAUAGGACAAAAACUUUUAUUGGGAGACUUUUUCAAUUAUAAACACAAAACAAUGAUUUUGGCGCAGUUUUCUCUAUUGUAGAGUGGCGAACUUCAUUAAAAAUGAUGUUUAGUUGGUUUAUAAUAAAAAAGUUAUGAACUUACAUUCUGAUACCACGGCUACGAAAUCUUGGUCUGAGGGUAGUUUUUAAGUACGUACAUAUAUAAAUCAUAUAUAAUCUUAUUUAUCACUCUUUUCUGAUAGUCUACCAUAUGUAAAACAGAUUAUCAAGAAUAUAAAUAUAUUCCAAAUCUUGUCAAAUUCAUGUAACAUUUAUCAUUUAUAAAUGUAUAGGUAAUUUAAAAUAAAUUAAUUAUAAGAGAGGUUGUGAUAAUAUUUCGUACGGAUUCCAACAGAUAGCGGUAGAGUGAGAUCUCAUUAGGAUUGUCCUAAAACAUGCAUAUUUAAUCUGUGUUUGUUUGUAGAUAUUAACUAUUCAAUGUUUAAUAUUUAAAAUAUUAAUUUUAAUUAGUAACUAUUAUUAACUGAAUAUUUAUAGGACUGGAAUACUCAAGUAGUUAAUAUCAUUUAAUAUCUAUGAU